UAGAACGAUACAAAGGCGUUUCUGGGGUUACCUACAAUGAAGUGCCAGAUCUUUGGGACGAAAUAUGAUUUUACUGUACGAGGGCAACGAGAAGGUUCAAGGGCUUAUGUGUCACGAGGCGGAACCAAAGGGCUAAGGAAUAACGACGUUUAUGCGCGAAGAGCUCUAACUACUCCCUUCCAAGGGAUGCGUUAUACAUGCAUAGAACUUCCUUUUGUCUGCAGCCAAGGGCCAACUGCCAAUAGGGCGGCCUCGUACAAGCCGACUCCCGAUCCUUCUGGGCUACUAGUUACCCCUGGUGAGGCUCUAGCUAUCAGCUCUCACAGAUGAGGCUUCUGACAGGAAUUAAGCCAUCAAGAUAUCCUUGCCAACCGGCAAAGUUGAAAAAGUUUGACCAAAACUCGGUUACCGAAGAGGACUUAUCCAAAGCCCCUUUCUCCUCCACGUGGUCAUCUGCCACUGGCAGAUGCACAUCAUUUGCACUCAAGGCCGCGGCCCUCCUCGACGCAAGAUUCCCUGAUCUUUUCAGGUUCCAAUAUUACGACAUCGGGAGACAUAGAGUUGCGCGCUGCGCAAAUACCGGGGUCUUAAUCGAUUCCUCUUCAGUCGCCGGGGCUGUAAUUUUAAAAGAAAGACAAGAGUGGAUAAGCAUCCACGGCUUAACUGGACGCUGGAAGUACGCCGAUGGCGUAUUAAUUUACGAAAGGAGUCCGAAACACGGGAAGAAGAGUGCGGUUCCAAUAGCACCUGAGAAGGCGCUUGGGACUUGCUUGAAAGAAGUUGCAAAAGAUGCAACUCUUAUCUGCCUGUUUCGGUAUUAUUCUCCAUUUUCCUAUGACUAUAGGAGAUAGAGUGUACAUCAUGGGAAGGUGCGACGAGCACUGUGCAAGUACUUAAGAUCUUCGAAAUGAAGAUCCAGGAUCUAAAGUUUCUAAACAAAUACAACAUCUUAUCCCCUCUG